CUUCUUCUCCGCCGUGCCAAUUUCUAAUAAUCGAUUCCGGAUCCGAUCCGAUCCGAUUCGCAUCGAACACCACCACCAUCACCAAUUUCCCCCCAAGCUUUCACAUUUAGGGUUUUCCGUAAAUCACUCAGGUGAAUAUAAUCGAAUAUAAGCAAAAUUAUCUUGUGUAAAAUUAAUCAAAUUUAUCUGAUUAUUCGGAGAAUCCAUGAACGUUGUUGGUCAUCAAUGGAAACUUCUGUAAUGCACACGAAUCUUCCCAAGGUAGAAGACGAUGAUGAUGAAUGGGACAAUGAUGGGUUUGUGAUUCCAAGCUUGGAGAUUGAACAAGAGAAUGUUAUUAAUGAUGAUGCAGAAGCUCAAACAUCAAAACCUUCUUCUUCUUCUUCUUCUUCUUCUCCUAAGAUUAAAGCUGAAGAAAAUAAUAGUAUAUACUUAGGACCACAUGGAGCUCCUCCCUCUCAGCUUCCUGAUGGUAGUAACAACACUACGAGCCGCAAGCAGCGGUUUAAGCAGAAGCUCAAGGAAGCAGACGAGAAGAUGAGUGUCUCCUCUGGUCGAGAAAACAAACUGGCUAACUUGAGAGAGCUUGUAGGUGGAGGUCUUGAUAAAGGAACUAACCACAUGGCUAAAGGUGGUGUUUCAAGAGACUGGCUUGAUCCACAUUGCCAUGAAUCUCAGUACGAGAAACGACGACAUCUCUAACGCUCCCUCUUGAAUAUGUUUUGUAUCAAUCAAUAUACUGGAAAGUUCGGAGCAAUGUAAAACCAAAUCUUUAUGUCCUGUCCUUUCAAUCAUCCAUUCUUUGGUGUUU